AUGCGUACCGACGACUUUGACUACCACCUGCCUCCGGAGUUGAUUGCCCAGACUCCGGUGGAACCCCGAGACUCCUCGCGCAUGCUGGUACUGGACCGCGCCUCCGGCAGUGUGUCUCACCGCCAGUUCAGCGACAUCUUGGAGCUUAUCCCCCCGGGCGCCGUGCUGGUGCUGAAUCGCAGCCGCGUGAUACCGGCCCGCCUAUACGGCAGGCGCAAGGACACGGGUGGCAGGGUGGAACUGCUGCUGCUCCGCCGCGAGGGUGAGGGCAUCUGGCAGGCGCUGGGCAAGCCGGGCCGCAGCCUGCGCCCCGGGGUCAUCCUGGCGAUGGGAGAAAAUGAGAGCGUAGAGGCCGAAGUGCUAUCAAUCGGAGAAGAGGGAAUCCGGAGAAUCCGGCUCUCCGCCGAAUCCGGCAUUGACCGGUUGGGCGAGAUGCCGCUGCCGCCUUACAUCCAUCAACGGCUGUCCGAUCCGGAACGCUACCAGACGGUUUACUCCCGGCAGCCUGGCAGUGUGGCCGCACCCACGGCGGGCCUGCACUUCACUCCCGGGCUGCUGGAUGCCAUGCGGGACAAGGGAGUGGAGACUGCAUUUGUGACGCUUCACGUUGGACUGGACACCUUCCGCCCGGUGUCGGAGGAUGACCCGACGGAGCAUGCUAUUCACACGGAAUACUACGAGAUGCCCGAGGAGACCGCCGCCGCACUGACCAGGGCGAGGGCGGAAGGACGGUCCAUAAUCGCAGUGGGCACGACGUCGGUGCGGACCCUGGAACAGGUAGGUAGGGACAGAGCGGCCAGCGGCCAGGCCGAUCUGUUCAUACUGCCGGGGCACAGGUUCAGGCUGGUGGACGGGAUGAUAACCAACUUCCAUCUGCCCCGGUCGAGCCUGGUAAUGCUAGUGUCGGCCUUCGCCGGACGGGAGAGGAUUCUGGCAGCGUAUCGGGAGGCAAUUGAGGAGCGCUACCGCUUCUACAGCUUCGGGGACGCGAUGCUGAUCUGGUGA